UAGUUUCGAAGUGUCGUAGGCGGAAAAUUUAAUCGAAGUAAAAUAAUCUAGCAUAACAGUAUACUUUGAGAUAUUAUGGUAAAAGAAAGUUUCGUCCCUUCAUUGAGUUUAUGUUACUUUAAAUAGGUCACGUUAAAGAUGCUAAAGGACAAGGGGCAAGUUACAUUUGAAGAUAAAUGGCCAUCCAUGCGCCCGAUAGUGUUGAAGUUACUAAAACAAGAACCAGUAACUCAAAUAGAAUGGCAAGAUCUUUUUGUAGCAGUACAUUCGGUUUGCCUGUGGGAUGAUAGGGGUCCUUACAAAUUAAGAGAUGCACUUCAACAGGAUAUCAUGAUGUACAUAAAACAGGCUCAAGCUCGUGUUCUAGCACAACGUGAGGAUCAGGCACUUUUAAAAGCUUAUAUAGCUGAAUGGGGUAAAUUUUUCACUCAGUGCAAUUAUUUACCAACUCCAUUUCGCCAGUUAGAAAAUUCCAUUAAUAAUAUAAGUAAAGGGACGAGUUCAAAUGCAUCCAAUUCUCAAAAGAAGAAUAAUAACAAUAACAUUGAAGAUAGUUUAGUACGAAAAUUGAUGUUGGAUUCUUGGAACCAGAGUAUUUUUAUGGAUAUCAAGCAAAGAUUACAAGAUUCCGCGAUGAAAUUGGUACAAGCCGAACGCAAUGGUGAAUCUUUUGAUUCACAACUGGUUAUAGGUGUUAGAGAAUCUUAUGUUAAUCUGUGCUCAAAUUUAAUUGAUAAGCUUCAAAUAUAUAGAGAAAAUUUUGAAGCAGCAUAUAUGCAAGCAACAGAAGAAUUUUAUAAGUUAAAAGCAAGUGAACAUUUAUUAUCAAAUGGUGUACAGUCAUAUAUGAAAUAUGCAGAUCAAAGACUCAAGGAAGAAGAAGCUAGAGCACAUAGAUAUUUAGAGCCAGGCAGCGGCAGCGUGGCUGCUCUCACUCAGUGUUGUGAAAGAGUUCUUAUAGGGGAACACCUUCCAACCCUGCUAGCUGAAAGUGCACCUCUAAUAAAAGCUGGAGAAACAGAAAAAUUACAGCUGAUGUUUCGUCUCGUUGACAGAGUUCCUGAUGGUGUUACACCAAUACUAAGAGAUUUAGAAGCUCAUAUUGUAUCUGCAGGUUUGGCUGACAUGGUUGCAUCAGCUGACAUAAUAACGACAGAUUCUGAAAAAUAUGUUGAACGUCUUUUAGAUUUGUUUAAAAAGUUUAGUAUGUUGGCAAAGGAAGCUUUUAUGGAUGAUCCUAGGUUUUUGACAGCUAGGGAUAAAGCUUACAAGUGUGUUGUGAAUGAUACUACAGUUUUUAAAUUAGAAUUGCCAUCAUCUGCUUUAAUACGUGGCAGCAAAGGCACAGCACCAGAAAGUAAAUGUCCAGAACUGCUCGCUAACUACUGUGAUAUGUUGUUACGUAAAACACCAUUGAGUAAGAGAUUAACAAGUGAACAGAUAGAAUUUAGGUUAAGAGAUGUUUUAUUAGUGUUAAAGUACAUUGAAAACAAGGAUGUAUUCAUGCGUUAUCAUAAAGCACAUCUUACUAGGAGAUUAAUAUUAGACUCCAGUGCAGAUUCCGAGAAAGAAGAAGACAUGGUUGAGUGGCUGCGUGAAGUUGGAAUGCCUGCAGAUUACGUUAACAAACUUGCUCGCAUGUUCCAAGACAUUAAAGUAAGUGAGGAUCUGAAUACCCAAUUCAGAGGUGAAACUACAAGACAUGAUGCAAUUAAUAUUAAAAUUCUUAAUGCUGGUGCUUGGGCUAGAGGUUCAGAGAGAGUAACCGUAAGUCUUCCAUUAGAGUUAGAAGACUAUAUUCCAGAAGUAGAAGAAUUUUAUAAGAAAAAACAUUCAGGUAGAAAAUUGCAGUGGUAUCACCAUAUGAGUAAUGGUACAAUCACAUUUGCUAAUUCAGUAGGUAGAUUUGAUUUGGAUGUAACCACUUUUCAAAUGGCAGUCUUGUUUGCUUGGAAUCAAAGACCUAUGGAGAAAGUGACAUAUGAAAAUUUAAGACUUGCCACAGAAUUACCUGAUCCUGAAUUAAGAAGAACCUUGUGGUCUUUAGUUGCGUUUCCUAAACUCAAAAGGCAGCUAUUGUGCUAUGAGCCAGUUGUACAAAAUCCAAAAGAUUUUUCUGAAAAUACAAUAUUUUGGGUUAAUCAAGAGUUUGCUCUUAUUAAAAAUGGAAAGCCACAAAGAAGAGGUAAAAUAAAUUUAAUUGGAAGGCUCCAACUUAGUACUGAACGGUCUCAAUUAGAAGAUAACCACUCAAUUGUUCAAUUGAGAAUUCUAAGGACUCAAGAAGCUAUAAUAAAAAUAUUAAAGAUGAGGAAACGCAUCACAAAUAGUGCUCUUCAGAGUGAACUUGUCGAAAUCCUUAAGAAUAUGUUCCUACCAUCGAAAAAGAUGAUAAAAGAACAAUUAGAAUGGCUUAUUGAACACAAGUAUAUGCGUCGUGAUGAUGAAGAUAUCAAUACCUUUAUAUAUAUGGCCUAACAUUAAUAUCUAAAAUGUACAUUGAACAACUCCAAUAAAUUAUUUACUCAUACA